CCGGAGUACGAGGUGAUUCGCCUUCGUCAAAAGCCGGAGCCUCCUUGGCUCUCUUAUUACGUGAAAAGACUUGUAUUAUUCCCUUCCAUUCGUUAAAAAGUGAGUUAAAUAAACCAAAUUAACUAAACGUGAUUAAAACUUGAAAGUUUCAGUUAUUAAGUGAACUCCGUCAUAUCAUAUUUCUGAUAAAUAAAUAUCUUACAUUACUUUCAUUCAUUUUUCAUCAUUUGAAUCUUCACUUUCUACUCAAAUGGUGCUACAAUUUCUUGGAGGAUAAUGACGUUAAAAAAAUGUGCAUUAUAUCAAUGGGGCUCAUGAGGCUUGAUUUAGGCCUCUCCCACACCGCAGUAGCUUCUAGAGAAUGCACAAGUUGAUGCACAAGGGCUUAAAAAAGAAGAAAAAGUCAAAGAAAGGGAAGAAAGGCGAAGAAGACGAAGAGUUCGAUCCAGAAGAGCUCGAACGUUAUAGGCGGGAGCGGGCGGAAGCCCAAGAGAAAGCAUUAGCAGAAGGAAGUGAACCGACUGGCGAAAAAGCUGUUGCUGGUUCAGACGAAUGGAAAAAAUUUCAAGCAUUAACAGCUGGAGUUGAUUCUAUUCUUAAGAAAACUCAAGGAGAUCUUGAUCGUAUCAAAUCAACAUCCUUCUUUCAACGAAAAGCUCCAGUCGUUGAAGAAAAAAAGCCUGAAGAAGAUCCAGAAGUAGAAAAAAAUAAAACCAAACGUUUUAUUGGUUUUGAUAAGGACGGAAAUCCUAUUGAAGCAGCUCCAGAAGAAGACAAAGAUUCAAGUAAAAAAGUUAAUCUUAAAGUAUCUGAAGACGGGUUUGUUGAAAUUCCUGAUGAAGAUGAGGAGGAAGAUUUUUCAGCAGAAGAAGAUAUCUUUGAUACAACCUAUGUUGAUGUUCUUCAAAAUACUGACAUUCAACUAGCUUAUAUUCCAGACAGUCCUACUGAAGAAGGUGGAGACGAUCCAUUUGACACAACUAAUGCUGAUAAAGUUCUCAAAACUGUUGAUAAACAUGGUAAAAAAGUUGUAAGUCUUGGAAAUGCAGUAGAAGUUCUUUCCGGACGAGUUGAUCACGUGAGUACUUGUAAAAUAUCUAGACCAAGAAAAACAAGGAUUCACAAUCUCUUAUUGGAUGACGCAGAUGCACCAGAAAUACCUCCAGAAGUAACGCCUGAACCAGUUGAGGUUGAAAAGACACUUUUGGACGACGACUCAGAUCUUCCAGAUAUACCUAUCGAUCUUACUAAACUCCCUCCUAUUAUUCCAAGGCCAAUAACUCCAGAGGUUAAUGGCAACGUCGAACAACCGUCUGAAGCUCCUCUAGAUAUUUCUGAAUUUGAAAUUUUAAAGGAAAAAACUAUUUUACAAGAAAUUCCUGAUUUAGACGAUGAUUUCGAUCUCGAAGAAUCAGUUCCAGUUUGUUUAGAAGAAGCAGAAGAUCCAUUUGCUGAAAAAGAACCAGAACAAGUUGUUGCCGAGGGAGAAAUAAUCGAAGCAAGCUUUGAAGCUGCUACUUUUGUCGAUGAGGAAGAUCCAUUUGAUACAACAUUCGCAGAAAAUCUUGUACCUGGUAAAACUGAGUUGAAAUUUAUCGAAAAAGAACUCGAAGAACUUCCAGAAUCUGAAGUAUCAAUUUCUCUAACUGAUCCUGCAGGUCUUAAUAGAGAUUACGAGACCGGUUUAUUAAAAUCAGAGAAUCGAUCCCUAGUUGUUGCAGCUGAUCUCUUGGGUGGAUCAACAACAGAUUUAACUCAACUUGCUGAUCAACCAAUAGCGCCUGUUGAGGAGAUUACUUACGUUGAUCCAUUUGAUACUUCUGGUAUUACAGAACCAGCACCUGGACAUACAGAACUCAAAUUUUUAGAAAGAGAACUUUUGGGUGAGACAAAUAAUAAACACGAUAGUCUUGAAGACGACGAUUUUGAUCCUAGAAAAGAAGAAACUGUUAAAGUUGCGCCACCUCGUCCAGAACCAUUUCAAGUCAGCAAUAAUUCUCAAGUAAAUCCAACUUUUCAAGUCUCAUUCGAAUCUGAAGAAGCUGAAGCAGUUUUAGCAACUCAAACAAGAAAACCCUCACGACCAGAAGCAUUAGGGUUAACGGCAGCUAAAAGCGUAGCUUUUGAUUUGCCAACACCAUCUCAACGUCCAGAUUUGUUGAUUACUAGUGACGAAGAAAAAUCAAUACCUUCUAAACCUUUGACUCCAUAUUAUUCUCAGAAAUCAUUGGAGGAAAUUGUUACUGAAGAGGAUACUGAUGAAACUAAUGUUGAUCCAUUUGAUACGAGCUUUGUUUCUAAAGUAACACCUGGCAAGACUGAACUUAAAUUAAUUGAAUCUGAGCUACUCAAACAAGAUACAAAACUCGUUCAUAGUAUUAGUGACCACGACUUUAAUCCACGAAACGAAAUUCAAACAUCAGCUGGAAGACGACAAAGUGACUUUGGAACUACAGCAGUGAGACCUAAUAACUUCAAACCCAGUGAAAUUGAUGAAUCUUUACUUGAGGAUAGUGAAGAGACUAAAUGUGUAUUUAAAAUAAAUGAAAAAGCACAUCGUAAAAAACUUGAACCUAAAAGACAAGAAAGUAUACUUGAUGCUGAUAUUGAAGUUAAUGCAAAGGCUUUAACUCCGACAAUUGAAACUAAAGUAAUUGAAGAAGACGAAGAAUUAUCGUAUGUUGAUCCUUUCGACACAUCGAUAGCAAGUAAUAUAUUACCUGGUAAAGCAGAGUUGAAAUUAUUAGAAAACGAAUUAAGCCAAAUUCCAGUGCAAGUUCAAGCAGUUAAAAUUAAUCCAAUUAACUUGAAUAUCACUUCUACUGCUCCUGUUGUUCUCAAUAAUGAUGAGGACUUCGAUCCACGUGCAGAAGAAAUAAAAGAAUCACCAGAUUUCCUUGCUCUCGACGGACAAGAUCCUGGAGAUAAAGUUCUUACUCCAGUGGCCACUCAAGAAUUUUUAGACGACAAUAUUGAUCCUUUCGAUACAAGCUUUGCAUCUAUUGGACCUGGAAAAACAGAACUCAAACUUUUAGAGUCUGAAUUAGUGGAUAAAAAACCUCAACUUAAAAUAUUAUUCAAGAUGGAUUCAAAGGGUGGAAAUCCAUUUUUGAUGGAUGAUUAUCCAACAGAACCAUCUCAGGUAUCUAAUCCAUUUCUUCAAGAUUUUUCUGAACCUACGGUUCCAUUAUCAAGCGAUAAUCCUUUUCUCAAUUUUUCUGCUGAUACAACUUAUGAGCCUCCAGCUGAUUCAACUAAUCCGUUCGCUUUCUUUGAGCCUACGCAAGAUGCUCAACAAUUUGUUCCAACAACAACAGCUACGAGUGAUAUGUUUGCACCUCAAGAAUCGAAUUUAUUCGAGGUGGAUACAUCAGAGCAGAACAUCUUUACUACAGAAGCUGAACCUGUGGCAUAUCAACAAGAACCAAUGGUGUUUGCUCCACCAGAAGAGCCAGCAAAGGCUUCAGAAGUUAAUAAUGCCAAGCAAACACCGAAGAGGCCUCCACCACCUGCAAGACCUCAACCUCCAGCUCCUCCUCGUAACACUAAGGAUCUUAUACUUUCUGUAACUGGAGCUAUGGAUGCUACAUCUAAUCAUUUAUUGGACAGACUUCAGGCAACUAGAACACCUAGUCCUACUUUGAUGCAUUCACCUUCACCAACUCCAGAACACAGCUAUGCUGAUUUCUUAGACGUUGAUAAUAACGUGCCUGAUUUAAUGCCUGAUGAACCAAGUGAAUCGAAAACUCAAAAUAUAAUAGACUUAUUCGAUGCACCAACGACUGAAAUAACUGCAGCAUCUAUUUUCUCAGCACCAAGUACAGGAAUCGAUACUACCUCUCAGCCUGUAUCUAAUUCUGAAUUAUUAUUUACCACAGCUACUCAAGAUGUGACAUCAACCAUGUCAGAAAAUCCAUUUAGCAUCACUAAUGAAUCUAAUAUUGCUGAUGCUAUGCCAACAGACGAACCUGAAGCUGUUAUUACUGAAAGUUCAAUUUCGGAUAAAAGACCUUCUGUAGAUUUUUCUAAUACAUUUUCGAACAUUACCACUGAUUCUACAAAUAUACCGGUAACUGCAGACUUUGGCUUUGCAAACAUUCCAACUGAGAAUGUUGCACAACCCACUGCGGCAGUUAAUUUAUUCGGUACGGAUCAAACAACUAAUCUUGAAGCCACAAGUACACCAUUUUCAAGUAUUCAAAGUGGACUUUUUACAUCAGAACCUCUGUUUUCACUAGCACCAACUGCCACUCCUGCAGAAAUUCCAAGUAGUACAGAAAAUAAUGUAAUUACUUCAGAUCUUCUUGGAGAUUUUUCCAAGUCUACUUCUCAAGCAAAUGAAUUAUUUUCCACAAGCCCUACACCAGCUGCUGAAUUUCCAAGUUCUGGUAUGUACAAACCAGAAGAAUUAGAUAACUUUGCUGCUGCAACCAAAGCUAUUGAAAGCACUGGCGAUGCCUUUGAUGCUUUUGCUAGUAAGUUCGACAAAGCGGCUGAGCCUGAAGUACCAAGCAAUGAUCCAUUCCUGGAUGCGUUUGGUUCUACUGGACAAACAGCUAUGGAUACGUCUAGUGACAUUUGGGGAGAUUCAUCAGCAGCAGGUUCAGACACUGGUGUUAUGGGUUUUGGUGAAAGCGAUGGCUUUGAUUCUUUCUUGAGCAUGACAGCACCACCAGAUGAAAAGAAAAUAACACGAACAGAAUCAGCCGAUUCUGAUGAAGCUCCUGACUUUAGCGUUAUUAUUAAACCUAAAGAAGGUGGUAGCGAAGCAGGAUUAAUUGAAGGUGGGCCAGUACCAGUUUUAGCUCCACCACCUAAAAGUCCACAAAAUUCAGCCUUUACUGACUCUUCUCCAAGAUUUAAUCCAUUUGAUAAAUCUGGUGGUUUUGCUCAAGAGGCCGUUAUACCCUCAGAAACAGCACAAACUGCUGAAAUGACACGAACUGAUUCACAAGAAACUCCUCCAACUCCUCUCUUCGAUGAAGAUGUCAGUCAACCGUUAGAAGAUUUUCCACGUAUCACAUAUGUCGGAGAAGGAUGGGAAAUGCAUUUACGUCAACCAAAUAAGAAGAAGAUAACAGGACAAAGAUUCUGGAAAAAAAUAUUUGUGCGUUUAGUUUACCAAGCAGAUGCACCGGUUCUUCAAUUGUUUAAUAAUAAAGAUGAUAAGGAUCCAUUCCAAGAACUGCCCCUUCUUACAUGCUAUUCAGUAUCAGAAAUUGGGGCUCAACAGUUUGAUCAAUAUGGAAAAAUAUUUACUGUUAAACUUCAGUAUAUAUUUUAUAAAGAACGACCAGGUGUUCGACCCGGGCAAGUGACCAAAGCUGAAAGAAUUACAAAUAAACUUAGUCAAUUUGCUGCUUAUGCCAUUCAGGGUGAUUAUCAAGGAGUUAAAGAAUUUGGUAGUGAUUUGAAAAAACUUGGUCUUCCCGUAGAACAUGCACCACAAAUUACGCCAUUUUUCAAACUAGGAUCUUUGAGUUAUGAAGAUAUGAAAGUAUUUUCAAGUAUCAUAGAAGAAGCUCUCUUCAAGUUACCUGCUCACAGAGAUCGUGCGUUGACAUAUAAAAUGGAAGAAGUUCAGAUCAAUGUUGUUGAUGAAUUAUAUGUUGAGCAGAAUGCUUAUGGACAUGUAGAAAAGCAAAUAGCUAGAGUCAGACUCUUUUUCCUUGGCUUUUUAUCAGGAAUGCCUGAUGUCGAGCUGGGUAUUAAUGAUAUGUGGCGACAGGGAAAAGAAGUUGUUGGAAGACAUGAUAUCAUUCCAGUUGUAACUGAAGAAUGGAUUCGAUUAGAAAACGUGGAGUUCCACUCGUGUGUUCAACAAGAUGAAUACGAGAAAUCGAGAAUUAUUAAGUUUAAGCCACCCGAUGCAUGUUAUUUCGAACUAAUGAGGUUCCGAGUGAGACCACCGAAGAACCGAGAAUUACCGCUUCAAUUAAAAGCCGUAAUGUGUGUUACGGGGAAUAAGGUGGAACUCCGGGCUGACAUCUUGGUUCCUGGUUUUGCAUCUCGAAAACUUGGCCAGAUACCUUGUGAAGACGUAAUGGUUCGAUUUCCAAUUCCAGAAUGUUGGAUUUAUUUAUUCAGAGUAGAGAAGCACUUUAGGUAUGGCUCGGUAAAAUCAGCUCACAGAAGAACUGGAAAGAUCAAAGGUAUUGAAAGGUUCCUUGGAGCUGUCGAUACUUUGGAGCCGCAGCUAAUGGAAGUGACGUCCGGUCAAGCUAAAUAUGAACAUCAGCAUCGGGCAAUUGUAUGGAGAAUGCCUCGAUUGCCCAAAGAAGGUCAAGGAGCGUAUACUACACACCAACUUGUUUGUCGUAUGGCUUUGACUUCAUAUGAUCAAAUACCAGACAACUUGGCAGAAUAUUGUUAUGUUGAGUUUACAAUGCCAGCCACUCAAGUAUCUCAUACAACAGCACGAAGUGUCAGCCUACAAAACAGUGACAGUGAUAACCCACCAGAAAAAUAUGUGAGAAACCUCUCACGUCACGAAUACAGGGUUGGCAUAGAACACACUCAAGGAGAAGGACCAGGUGCCUAUAUUGCAGCAACAAAGAAAAUUCCUGAAAGUACUCCAGAAACACAUGAAGAACCAACUCAUCAGCCAGCAGCGGCAGAUUCUGACUCUGAUUCUUCAGAUUAAAUCAACACUAUCAACAUAGAAAUUAACAAAUUAUCAAGUGCACACUUUCAUUCUUCAAUAUAAAAUAACUAUAAUAUUAAAGUAAAUAAUUGUGUAUAAACAAUAAUAGCUUGAAAAAAUGUGUGCGAGAAGGGUUGUUAAUUGUUGAGAAAGGACAAUACACAGCUUUUUAUGUUCAGUUUGAUGAAAAAUUAAUAAUAGAGAAAUAGUACAGUAAAAUAUUCCAAGUUUGAAGGCUCAUCUAGAUAAAAUGAUUUUUUUAUUAAAGGAAUUGAUUCGAAUUUAUUGCAAUCACAUGUACUUAAAUUUAAGUUUCCGGCCGACACCUCAAUAUUAAUAUUUUAUUAAGCUUGUUAUAUAGUUAAAAUUUAACGUAGAAUGUUAUUUUAAUCAUUCAAAAUCGUUAAGAAAUCAUAACUACGGCAUAUCUGUAUUGUUUGACCACUGUAAAUGAUUUAUGCAAUGUUAUGUAGUCCAUCGUAGCUGACACAAUAUUGUUGCCUGUUUGAAAUAGUCGAAAUGAUGAGAUAUAUUAUUAUAAAAUUAUAAUUAUAAGAUAAGAAUUAAAUACGUAAGUUUAAUAUCUAAAAUUAAUGCGCAAGAAUAGGUAGGAUAAGUUUCCGUUAAACAUUAUAAUUAUUUGACAGUUAAUUGUCACGUUUAAAGCUCGUGAGAGAACCCCAGCUGAGACCAAAGAUAUGAUCAAAUGAACAAAUUAAUAUAUGGGUUGCAAAACUCAAUAAUAAUUGUUAUUAAUUAUUAUAUUCUAUAAUCGUAUAUUAAAGUAUUAAUAUAUUUUAGGAGGUAAGGAAAGAAUAAUUUAAUUAUAAUUACAUGUAAGUUUCAUUUAAUUUUUUAUUUUUAUUUACGCUUUAUUCGUCCUGAAAAAGGACUGGGAAGAGUCUGCUCUAGUCAUUAGAUUUUAAGAGAAUCGUAUCAUAUAGUUGUAUAUUCUUUAGAGAGUAAGAUUAUGCAAGAUUUAGCUUAGGUUUAUUUUAUUGCAAUAGUGUUUUUUUUUGUUAAAAUAAGAAUUACUUCAUCGUUUUAAUUUAAAUGAAAGUUGAAGAUGUUGAUGUUUUAUUAUUAUUCAUGAAUAAUGCAGAAGAAUUAGAUGAGCUUUCAAAUUGAAUAGAAAUCAAGUAUAUAACUUUGAAGACGUAUUAUUUUCUUUAAAAGUAAUAGUUCAUACCUAAUGCUUGUUAAUAAAAAAAAAUUUCAUGAUUUUUCAAACACGUCACCUUCGGGUAACGUUUCCAGCUCGUGAUCUCAAUAUAUAACCGCACGUGAGAACAAAAACCGCGUUGUAUAAGUUAAGAAAAAAUAAUCGAAGUAUGUACAUGAGUAGAUUAGUUAAAAAAGUUUAAUUAAUAUAUUGAUUAAUCAUUAACAACAAUCGGAGGCAAUAAUAUUAAUAAAUGUCUUCUGAUUCAAUAAAAAAAUAAAUUAAUUAUUAAAACUAAAAGUCUAACGAUUGUUGUUAUUAAUUCGUGUUAGACUGCAUCAUGAUGACUGCAAUAAAAUAUCCAGAAGUAUAUUUUCUUUGCUGAAUGAAAAUAAUUAACACUAAUAAAAACUUUUUAAUGUAAAAACACAUAUUACGAAAAAUAGGGUAUAAAAAAAUUGUCUAGCUAUCCUUGCUAUUCCAACGGUGGAGUUAUUAAAAAUGUUACCACGAAAAAUAUAAGUUCUUCGUGUGUGAAUGUGACCUUUUCUGACAAAAAUAUAAUUUAAAAGAAUAAAAUAAUUAUUGUUUUAGAUAAAUACGAAAAUAAUUGUUAUCAGACAUAUUUAAUGAAAUAGUAUUCCAUUUUAUGUUUUAA